GAAGUUGUCGCAAUGUUUUCUUCCUGACGGACAGGACCGUCCACAUUAGUUGUAUAUUUACCCAAACAGUGUAGUGUUCGGUAUAUAUCACACUUGCCAACUGCUACAUCAUCAAAGUGGACAAUGGAGGUGGAUUCAGUGUUCUACCCUGAUCGAAGUGGAAGAGUCACCAAUAACCCCUUGCUGUACGAGCUGCCCAGCUACCAGUCCUUGCUUUAUCGCAGGAAGUCGUCCUCUGGUAGCACAAAGCGAAGGAACAGCUCUCGAGCCCGGAUUGACUCCUCAAACAGUGGCAAAUGGGCUUUGGCUAGUCUAAGUAGACAUGGAGAGAAACAGAAGAGUCAGAUGGCACAGAGGCCAAUCAGAGAGCUUACUAAGACCAUGGCUGAGAAACGCAGAGACAAAGCACUACGCCUGGAGGAAAAUGCAGAGCUCAGUAGCUGGAUGCAGUGGAGGCAAAGCACCCACACAUAUCUCCGCAGGCUGCAAGAUGACAUUCAUGAGUGGAUGAGCUCCCUGAAGCUCUGGAGGGGAAACAUCCACCAGAUAGAAGGGAUGUUUGGCCCCGGGAUUGUGUCCUACUUUUCUUUCUUGCGCUUCCUGGUCAUGCUCAACCUGAUCAUCUUCACCCUCAUGUUCAGCUUUGUUUUGUUGCCCAUCAUCAUUUCCCCCAACGCUUCAGGAAACAUCACGUACGACCUGGAUGAUGGUAGUGUUUGUAGUCUUUAUCCAAGCAGUGCUCGCCGAGGUCUUGUCAUCUUUCACGAGCACAUCACUGAUAUGUUGUCCGGUGGAGGCUUUCUUGAGGAGACCUAUCUCUUUUAUGGAUAUUACAAGGCGGACAAAAUCCACUUCCCCAGGAUCACCUAUAACUUGCCUCUUGCUUACCUGCUGGUCACUAUUACAUAUCUCUUACUUAGUCUCAUCUGGAUUGUCAAGAGGUCUGCUACUGGUUUCAAACGUAGCCUGAUUCAGGACGAGGAUCGCUUCCAGAGUUUUUGCAACAAAAUCUUUGCCGGUUGGGAUUUUUGUAUUACCAAUGGGAAUGUUGCAAGGCUAAAGAGAAGCAGUCUGCUUUAUGAACUAAAGGCUAAUUUGGAGGAAGAGAGGAUCAAACAGAAAAUAGCAGAUCGCACCCGCAAGGAGAAAUGCCGCAUUUAUCUGUUACGCUUCAUCCUAAACCUGUUUGUCAUUGCUGUACUGGCCGGUUGCUUCUACUGCAUUUACAUUGCCACGGUCUUCUCCCAGGAAGCGCAGUUGAAUGAGGUCAAGGAUAAUUUUAUUGUGGAUCUCAUCAAUGAGUAUCUGCCAUCAAUUGUUAUUACCUUGGCUAACUUCAUUACGCCCCUCCUGUUCUCAGUCGUCAUUAACUACGAGGACUACUCACCUGCCUUCGAGAUCCGCUUCACUCUCAUCAGGUGUGUGUUCAUGCGACUGACCAGUAUUGGAGUUUUACUCUUCUCGCUGUGGUCUCAGAUCACUAAAUGUCAAGAGGAGCCUUGUAUCUGCGGCUAUAACCAUUAUCUAUACUCAUGCUGGGAGACACGUGUUGGCCAGGAAAUGUACAAGCUCACCAUCUUUGACUUCAUCAUCAUUGUGGCAGUCACCAUCUUUGUGGAGUUUCCCAGAAAGCUGAUAGUGAAGUUUUGUGACUGUGGCCUUGCAAAGUGGUGGGGUCAGCAGGAGUUUGGCAUCCCUCAGAAUGUUCUUGAGAUUGUCUAUGGUCAGACUAUCUGUUGGAUUGGUACAUUCUACUCCCCUAUGCUGCCUGCUAUCUGCACAAUCAAGUACUUCUUUAUGUUUUACAUUAAGAAGGUGUCACUGAUGAAAAAUUGCCGUCCAGCUACACGUUCAUUCAGAGCUUCCAGCUCUAACUUUUUCUUCCUGGGUGUGCUCCUGAUCGGCUUGAGUUUGGCUUGUGUCCCCGUCAUUGUUAGCGUAGCACAGAUAAACUGUUCCCAGGCGUGUGGACCAUUUGUAAACUACACCACUUCUUGGGAGGUUCUGCCGAGUGCUGUUUCUAAGCUACCCAGUGGGCUCCAAACUCUACUUUAUAUUCUUUCAUCUGAGGCCUUUGCUGUUAGCUUUUUUGUUUGUACAUGUUUGGCUAUGUUUUAUGUGAUCGCUCUAGCUGGAGCUCACAAGAGAGUUAUUGAGCAACUAAGAGAACAACUUGUUAUGGAGGGUCGAGACAAGCAUUUCCUGAUCCAGAAGUUAUGCCAGGCCCAAAAGCUCUCAGCGAUCACAUCUCCCGGUUCCAAAGGCCGGCACCACUCCAGCUGUAGCAGCCCCAGUUACCACACCAGCUUCUCUAACAAUUUCCCAGAAAGUGUUUUCUUGGCACAUCCACCUCCAGACACGUCUACGCAUGUGUAAAAGUUAGGGAGUAACAAACCAAUACUACGCUGAACUGACGUGCAUUGCGGUUGGAUGGCACCAAACUGUAUUCAAAUUACAUUUACUGUGUUUCUUACCUCGUCAGUGUUUCAGUGACAACUACAUAUUGUAAAAAUACUGUAUUUAAAACAUUGGUGGUUGAAAAAAAAACUUCUAUUGUACUUUUAACUUUUUCUUUCUAAAAAGGACUUAACUCCAAACAGUAUAUUUUAUGUCAUACUUAUAAUACUGUGCACUUUAGCUGUAUUAGGGCUGGAUAUGUUGUUGCAGAAUUUGCACCUGUACAAAUACAAAUUAAACAACCAUCCAUCCAUUUAAUACCGCUUGUCCCGUUCGGGGUCAUACACUGAAAAAUAAAGUGCAUCAGCUCAUGUUUUUAAAGUACAUAAGCUAAUGUUUUGUAACAGUUGAUAAUGUCAUUCGCGCUGUGGUUUUGUCACAUUUGACAAAAUGCAAAAUUCAAAACAGACAUUAAGACAAUUCAUCUCACACCAAUGUGUCUAUUGGGGGUAGUGACAGCAUUUUAUUUAACGUUUUUGAUAAUGUUUUGUGUUAUAUUUGUAUUUCUGGGUGCUGUGAAUGUUUUAAGGGAAAAUAAACCUCUAAAACCC